AUGCUGGCCUGUUUCUUUCUGGGAAGUGCCGUGGCCUACAACUUGGUCAUGGUGAUCUACCGACUCCAUUUCCACCCAUUGAAUAAAAUACCAGGACCCCGUUUAGCAGCCGCGACAGGGCUCUAUGAGCUCUAUUUUUCGGCCUGGGGAACCGACGGCUUCAAACAAGAGAUCGACGAAAUGCACCGAGCAUACGGACCCGUCGUUCGGAUAACUCCCGACGAAGUGCACGUCGAAGAGUCAACCGGAACACGCACUGUAGACCGGUGGAUCAAGGGAACGCGGAAGCUAUCAUCUCACGGCCACGCCUCGCACAAGUUCCAGAUCAAGCGGCGAUCCAUAUCUCGAGUCCGAUCGAUGCUACGAGUGGAGAUAAAUCAGAUCAUCAGUGGAUUGGUCGAAAAGCACCAAGUGCACCGGGUGGUUAGCCAGAAAAUGCGCCCGUUAAUGCAAGACAGAGUUUGGACCGUCGGAGACAGUGAUCCAGAAGACGCAGAACAUGAGAUUAACCUUUCUCGGAUGUCGCGAGCCUCUCAGGUCAGGGCCUGA